UCCUACCAUCCUUCUCACUCAACCUUUCUUUACUUUGUCCAGCGCCUUUUGCUCUUACACAAGCCCACCAUGACAUCGGUCCAACGCCCUUCCUCCCGCCUGGUAGGCGUCUCCACCAAGAUGUACUUCGACAUCCCCACUACCAAGUCCUACCUCUCCAAGGUCCUCUCCUCUCUCCCCUCUAGCCUCUCCGCUCGAGUCUUUCUCCUUCCAGACUUUGUCACUCUCCAGUACUGCGUUGAUACUGCUGCUGGUAGUCCUCUCAUCAUCGGAGCACAGCAUACGCACCAUGAAGACAAAGGCGCCUUUACAGGAGAGGUCUCACCGCUCGUCCUUGCCCAAGCGGGCGCAAAGUUCCUCGAAAUCGGACAUGCAGAGCGCAGGAGGCUCUUUGCCGAGACCAACGACGGCGUGGUGGCCAAAUGCGUUGCAGCGGCGCGUAACAAGCUCACGCCCCUCAUCUGUGUAGGAGAAGUGUCUAAGGAGGGCGGAGAGGAAAAGGCGGUGGAAGAGUGCUGGGAGCAGGUGCACGCCGUCUUUGCCAGCAUUCCCAAGGGCUCGCCGGUCAUUCUCGCAUACGAACCCGUCUGGGCUAUUGGAGCAAGUCAACCCGCCACACCUUCGCACGUGGUUGCUGUGACUCAACUACUGAGGCAAAAGUGCGCAAAGGAGGUGGGUUGGACAGGAGACGAUCUCACGAUCUUGUAUGGAGGAAGCGCUGGACCUGGCACCUACGAGAAGAUCAAGGACGGAGUCGAUGGACUAUUCCUUGGUCGCUUUGCUCACGACCCUGCAGCCUUUAUCAGGACCAUCGAGGAGGUUCAAAAGGCCUGAAGAAGGGAGUGAAAGGCUAUUGGCGAGAUUUCCGAAGAGCGUCAGACGGUACGGGCGCUCAUGAGCCGACAGGUGAUUCUGAUGAAUAUAGAUUGUAACCACAUACAUAGACCAAAAACGAAGGCCACAUUGGAUUUCCGCACUUUUCAGACUUCCAUCUCAACCUCUCGGUCUCCUCCGAUACCACUCUCUACGCUCUUUCCCUCUGUACCUUCCACGAACUUGACUGGCAGCUCCUCUCCGCCGGCAGUGUAUUGCUCAGUGGUAUACCUUGGGUAGACGCGCUUGUAGAGUCCCAUCAUAAUCGUAUCCAUCUGUCCAAUCUGCCCAUCAAAG